AUGUCCGUUCGCCUCAAACUCAAACCGAAAGACUCUAUUGACGGGGCACUCGCCUUGACAAAGGCAACGGUUUGCUCAGCGCAACAAUACUCGCACGUCCCGAUUCAGACUUUGCUAAACGCUUUGAAUGGACCAAAGCAGUCUCUGAUAUAUGAACUUCUGGGCGCUCUCACCCCCACCACCAAUGAGUACGAGUCUACCAACGAUGUUGACAUCUUUGGAUCUUCAGAUCCGGAGGAGUUUCGCGGUUCAGCGACUGAUUCAAUCAUGCAGCAGCCUAUCCAGUCAAUCAUCCGUCCAUUGUCUUCAUGCGUGCGGACAUAUCCUGAUCGUAUGCAGUCAAGGCACACGGUAUACGGACAGGAAUUCCGGUGGGCAUCCUCGACCUACCGUGCUGUCCUCGCUAUCUGGCGUGCUGGCGGAAACGACGUCUCCAUCGAUGAUCGCUCAUCCAUGGACUACAACUCCGCCGUUGUCAAUAAUUGUGGACUUAAAAUCUGGAUAGCAAGCUCUUUCAGUGGCGGCGAUCAUGCCCAAGCUACUGUCAUCGCCACGAUAUUUCAGAGCGCACAACCUCAAGCUUGUGGAUUGUAUCGUGAUGCCCAGUGA